AUCACCCCCAAAGAGCAGGGUCUAGCUCCCUAACGCAUAGGCUCAUUCUCCGGUCAUGCAUGUCUUUAUAGUUUUAUUCCAUUUUGAAAUGGCUUUGAGAGAUUCACAACGGUGCGGACAUGAUUAAGAGCCUCAAGUUGGGUCUCAGCCUUAUGCUGGUGUUCGUGCUUGCAUCUGAUGCAGGCUCACUCACAGUGACCAAGAGGGAUAUUAGAAGCACCUUGAAGAUGGGUUGUAUGCAUCUUCUAAAUGAAUCCUAUGUGCACUCAAGAAAACGUCAGGAUCAUGCUUUUAUUUGCUGGUCGCCUUUCUUCUUAUGUGGUGUUCGUAUGGGCUCACCUCGACUGGUCUGUGUGUAAGUAGAUGAACUGGCAACGUAUGUUUGAAACGAUCAUUUUACAACAUAAAAGUAGAACUGUAUUAGAUAGGCGGACAUGAUAUUUAAUUAUAAG